AUGAGGGUAGAGGACGGGAGGCGCAAUUACGUUGUUCUGCCAGACAUGCGCGUGCGAAUAACAAAAUUUGUUUAUAUGGUUUUCUUGGCGAGAAGAAGGCGCCAUGCGGCUGCCGACGAUCUUCGUGGAACACCAUUCAAUCGCCAUAACUCUGAGGUUCUUGCAGCCGAAAAAGAGUACGGUGCUGGUUCGAAUAGCGAGCGCGAGUGGCGUGUGCUCACGUGCUCAACUGGAACCGCAAACACAAAACAACCGCCGCAAUGCGCUAUCGAACGUCGUCGUCGCAGCUUUCUCGAGAGAGCCCUUUCGGCCCCCGUAUUUUUUUUCUCAAGCCCUAUUGCCAUCCCUCAACGAACCAGCGCCGUCCAUGCAGUUCUUAUGUCAUCGUGA